UGAAUGUUAAAUUAAUAAAGAGCUAUAUAAGGUAAAUACGUACGUAGUUUAUCCAAAUUAAUAAAAAUUUUUGAGGAAAGGAAGUAAAUGGCGACCCAAGCUUUGAUUAGGAGGACCUCGAGGGCUGCUUUUGUCUCCAGGCACAUUCAGACGAGUGCACGCCGGGAUGCGGCCUCUACAAUCGACUCGGCCGCUCAGGCGACCAAGAAGGGAGCUGCAGAGGCAAAGAAGGUUGGGGAGGAAGUGAAAGACAAGGCCGCCUGUGCUGCUGGAGAUAUGUCCCAGAAAGGCAAGGAAGUGGCGGGAGACGCAGCAAAUGUGGCCCAGAACGUGACCGAAAAGGCAAAACAGACGGUCCAAGGAGCGUGGGGAACGAUGAAGGACACGACACAGAAGAUCAAAGAAAGCGUCAUGAACAAAGCAGGCGAGUCCAAAGAAUGCGUCAAGGAAAACGCAGAUGCUGUGAAGCGUAACAUAAACUCCAAGAAGUCGGAUCUCUCAUAAUAAUCAAACUAAUUAAAUAACACAUCGUCCCCAUUAUUAUUCUAUAUAUUUCAAACAUAUACAUAUAUACAUGGAGACGUAAUUCCUUUUUUUCACAGAAUAUACAUAUCGAGUUAUUUAUACAAUUAAAGUACGAGCUAGGCAUGGUUUUUUUAAUUUUAUUGAAACGUAUUGAACAAUUAGAUCCAAUACGGUCCAAUAAAAUUCCUAUCAGAUUGUUUUGAAAUUUUGUUCGAGUUCUUUACACUGCAUUACAAGUAUUUAGAAAUUACUUGCAAGCGAUGACAACAAAUAAGUAUGUACUAUUUUCUCUACUAUGAAUUGUAAAUAAAAAAGGUUACCAUUUGGUUGAAUAAAAAAACCAAUUUGUC